AUGUUAACUGUAACAACACUUGGUGUUGAUACAAAACCAUUAUUAGCUGGUAUUGGUAUAACUGGUUUUUACUAUUGUAAACCAUUUGUUCGAGAAUGUAGAAUUAAAAUUCAUGGUAGUGCUGGUGGAAUUGAAGGUCUUGUUUAUCUUAUUGAUGUUAGAUAUGUUCAUUUAAAAACAAAAGAUCGUAAGUUAUUCAUUCUUUUUUUUAAAGAUAAUAUUCAUACGUAG